AUGAAGAAGAAUGGCUUUCUUUUCCUCGAGGACAAUAUUGUGUGUCCAAUAUGCCUUGAGGUGUUCAGAGACCCUGUCACCACGGCCUGUGGGCACAACUUCUGCAUGGACUGUUUGCAGAAUUACUGGGACCACCAAGCCCUGAUUGGAGAUUGCCCCUACUGUCCUCAGUGUCGCGAGCCUUUCAGUUCGAGGCCUCAACUCCGCAAAAACAUAACCCUGGGAGAAAUUGCCAUGAGGUUUGCACGAGAAGAGGCCCAGGGGUCAAGGAAGCUGGCAGGUCCAAGGGAUGUCCCAUGUGACUUCUGCUCCCCCAGGAAGUUGAAGGCUGUCAAGUCUUGCUUGCAGUGCAUGGCUGCCUUGUGCGACAACCACAUCCGGUCUCACUAUGAAGACAAGACCUUCAAGAACCAUCAGCUGAUAGAACCUCUCAGUGACCUGAAGGCCAACAUGUGCUUGAAACAUCGCAAACUGCUGGAGCUGUUCUGCAAAAUGGAAGGCAAAUUCAUUUGUCAAAUCUGUGUCCGGGAGGAACACAAGAAUCAUGAAGCCAUCUCUCUGAAGGAGGACAGAACCAAGAAAGAAAUGGAGGUCAGGAGAGUAUAUGCUAAUGUGGAAAACCAGGUCCUGAUGUUGGCAGCAGACAGUCAGAAACACAGGGGGAGAGUGAACUAUCUCAUGAAAGUGGUGAAGAUGGCCAGAGACGAAGUGAAUAGAGGCUUUGCUGAGGUGAUAAAAGAACUCAAACGACUGCAAGCCAAGGUGAUGGACUUUAUAGAUCAAGAAGAAAGAUCAGCCUUAGUUGGAAUGGGAAAUUCCAUUCACCAUAGGCAAGAGCAGUUGGCUGAUCUCCGGAAGCAGAAUUUGUGGCUGGCAACUCUCACUGAUGAUCCAAGCGACCAUCAAUUCCUGCAGGACUUCCCAAAAAUAAAAAUAAUGUCUGGUUGCACAGAAGCUUUGCUUGGUCUGAAAUGUGAGGAGCCCACUAGUUUCAUUGGGCUUAAACAGACACUGAGUGACUUGAAAUCCCAGAUAACUAUGAUUGGACUCUGCUUUAUCAACAAAGUCCUUCAGAAAGGGAUCACAAUUGUGCCUUAUGAAGUGAUACCAGCACCCACGGACCAGAAGAGUCUCCUUAAGUAUUACUGUAUCCUGAAUUUUGAUGCUAGCACUGCUAAUGAAGAACUCUUCCUGUUUAAGGAGACACACUCUGUGUUGAACAUGGGGAUCUUGUUGGAGAACUAUUCAAAACCAAGCCAAGGAUUCAACCACUGGCCACAGCUUUUGUGCACCCGCAGUCUAUGUGAGGGCUGCCAUUACUGGGAGGCUGAGAUUUCAAAUGCAUGGCUGUGCUUGGGAGUCACCUACAGUUACAGGCACAGGACCGAGAAAGCGUGUAUGUUGUACCUGAUUGGCAGGAAUAGCAAUUCGUGGUGCUUGGAGUGGGACUCAGUGAAGUUCUCUGUCUGGCACAAUAAUAUCCAGACUGUGGUGCAUGGCAACUAUUACAAGAAUAUUGGGGUCUUACUGGACUAUGCUGCUGGCUCCUUGACGUUCUAUGGCAUCUCCAAUACCAUGAACCUCAUCUACCGUUUCCUCACCACGUUCUCCGAACCGUUAUACCCGUCUGCCAUGGUGAGCAGUGGGGCGUCUAUUACUUUGAAACAGUGCCCAGAGUAG